AUGACCCAGCAAGAACAACAUCAAGGAAGACUCGCCUUCAUCGGUGGCGGAAACAUGGCCGAGGCCAUCCUCGGUGGACUCCUCGCCUGCGGCUACCCCCUUUCCCAAUGUGUCGUGACAGAACCCAUCCAGGCUCGCUGUGAAUUCCUUCAGUCCAAAUACCCCGGUCUCCAAACCCUCUCUGGCCCCGAUGCCAAUCGCCUCGCCGUUCAAGGAUCCAAAUCUGCCACCACCACACAAACGCUGAUCCAGGACGGAUCGAUUCAAGUCAACCCCACUGCAGCUUCAACCGAUUUCGCCCCUGCUGAAGUGAUCAUCUUGGCUGUCAAGCCCCAGGUCUUGAGGAACGUUGUCAUCGAUCUUGCCCCUGCUCUUCGUGCUCUUCAGCCCCUUGUCAUCUCGAUCGCCGCCGGCAUUGAGACCAGCGCGAUCGUACGAUUCAUGGCCGAUGGAGUUGAUGAGGACGCAAUUGCCGCUGGAUCGGUCAAGUUGCCCCCCGUCAUCCGUGUCAUGCCCAACACCCCCGCCUUGGUCCUCGAGGGCGCCGCAGGAAUGUAUGCGACCGCCGACGCAACAGCUGAACAGCGCGAGGUGGCCGAGUCGCUCAUGGCCGCCGUCUCGAAGCAGGUCUCCUGGGUCGAGACCGAAUCGCUGAUCGACACUGUGACUGGUAUCUCGGGAUCAGGACCCGCCUACUUUUUCUUGAUGAUGGAGGCCAUGGAGGAGGCGGGCGUCAAGCUGGGCAUGGACAGAGCUACAGCCAAGGCAUUGACCAUCCAGACCUGUCUGGGCGCUGCUAAGAUGGCCCAGUUGAGCUCGGAUGAUCUGGAGACGCUUCGCAUCAAGGUCACCUCGCCUCAAGGAACCACCGAUGCUGCAAUCAAGGCCUUUGAAGCCGGUGGGUUCCGGGAUCUGGUUGAGAAGGGUGUCACUGCUGCCGAUGCCAGGAGCCGUACCCUCGCCAAGGAGCUUGGAGGUGCCAAACUUUAG